AUGCUUGAUAGCCAUAUCGAACCUCUUCAAGUAAUUUUGCGAGAAAGCGAGCAGCUGGGAGCUCUCUCUCCAUUCGCGAGGCUUAACUAUCGCUAUUCCACUAGUGACAAAGGCAAAGAAAAAGACGCAACAUCCAUACUUGUAACUGCCGCUUCUCAACAGGGUGCAGAGCAGUUACGCAGAGCUCUUGCAGCAAAGCGCAGAAACGAUAUUUCCCUUCACGUUUACCCAGACUUGCCACAGAUUCCUUCGUUCCUGUCAUGUGUUGAUGACAGAACGAAUAACAACAUUUUGGACGACGUCGAUGGAAAACUGCACGUCUUGAUGUUCAUGAACGAUGUCAAAGAAAAUAAGCAGCUCUUGGCCCAGCUCAACGACUUACAAGAACUAAAAAUUGAGCUGCACCUGUGUGUCUUUGGAAUCGACAUACAGAAGGUCAGAGAUCAGACAAAUAAAAACAAAUGGUCCAAGUUCAGGAUUUGUAGGACGGGAGGCCAGAAGCAAGAAAAAGAGAUGGCAAAGGAGCUGGGGAUUGACAGGUUUCCCUAUGGACUUCUAUUUUAUAAUAAAAGAAUCGUCUCCAAAGGUGCGCUGAACAUAGCUGACAUUGAAAAGGCUUUGCAGCACUUGAAUAAGCUGAAUAUGUUCGAAGCUGUGAACUUGAUUUCACUACCGAACCUGCAAGGAUGCGAAGUGUGGGACUCCCAGCAGAAAAGAGAUGUAAAUGUUAUGCUGGAAGGCGAAGUUGUGCUUGAGUUCUGGGAUCACACUUGUGAGGAUGUUCUUCAUGAUAAAGAUCAGUUAAUACAAAACUCUCAAUAUUUGAGGGGGAUGAGAUUCAUUCAAGUUUAUGCGGGCUCAUCCAAACAGACUUUGAAGACUGGAUUUAGACUUAAUUCCCCUCUUAGUGAAUAAGCAAACAAAAUCGCUUCUUUUUUAGUAAAAACUCUGUUACUACACAUUUUUUGUAUAAAUAUAUUAAUAAUAUUUAUAAAAAAAUCUUUGAGAUAGUUUUAUCAAAUUUUAUAAUUAUAUAUCAUUAAAUUUUUUUCAUUAUAAAGAAUAAUAUAUAAAAUUUAUGAGUGAAAAAAAAAUUGUUUUGCAAACUGAAGAAGAAGUAAGCAUCUUGGGCUUGAGCACCCCACAGCUAAAAAGCUCCAAAUUUUCGAAUUGCCUUGCACCUUUGUGCUUAGUGGAGGAAGAAUUAUUUGGAAAGGCAACCGCCAGUUUGCAAAUUUUCCAAAAGUUAUAGAAAACCUUAACUCCCCCCUUUAAAUUGGAACAAAAUAUAGGUAAAAUUUCCACUUUUUUGGUAAAUUAACCCCCCUUUUAAAUUGGAACAAAAUUUAAUUUUAUAAUAAAAAAUUCUAUAUGUAUAAAUCAUAAUUUUUAUGUAAAAAGGUUUUGAUAUAAUUUAAAUGUUUCUCUUAGCUAAAAUUAAAAUUUUAGUUAUAUCCUGCUCUUGUUUAAAGAAUAGAGUAUAAAGAGCAUCUUACUUAAAUAAAUUUAUUAUCCUUAUUUGUAAAUUUUUAAAAAAAUUUAAUUUUUUUUUGUUUUAAAAAAUUUUCAAAAAAAAAUUUAUUUUUUUUGAUAAAAAUGAUAUUUUUUAUUUAAAUAGCUUUGAUAUAAAUUCAAUACGAAUUCUUUACAAAAAUUCAAAAUUUACAUAUCUCUUGCUUUAUUUUAAAGAAUAGAGUCUAAAUAACAUCUUAUUUAAACAAAAUUAACACUUUGAUUAAUAAAUUUUCUAAAAUUUUUUUUUAUCAAUAAAAAUAAUAAUUUUUUGCGUAAAUAGUUUUGAUAGUAAUUAAUAGUGGCGUAUUAAUUAAUAAUAAAAUUUUAGUUAUAUCUUGCUUUGUUUUAAAGGAUAAAGAGUAAAUAGCAUUUUAUUAAAUAAUUUAUUAGUCUAAUUCGAUAAAUUUUUGAAUUUUUUUUUUGUUGAAAUUUUAUAUAAAAUUUUUUUUUUUAUAAAAAAUUUUAUAAUGAUUUUUUUUUUAAACAAUUUUCUUAACCCCCCUUUAAAUUGGAACAAAAUUUUUAGUUCCAACUUAAAGGGGGGGGAGUAAGAGAAAUAGACCUUUAGAAGAAGCCUCCCCAAUCUUUAAAGAUGCUUGGAAAAAACUAAAAGAAACAGCGCUAAAAGCACUUAACGAAGUUUACGCGGGUGACAAAGCAAACACUCCUACAAUCCAAUUCCAUGCACAAACAGAUGUUUUUUGCCAAGCAAGAUCGGCAGAAAGGUACAAAUCUUACAUUGCUGCUAACAUUGCUAAUGAUCGGCAAAAAGACCUUGCUAUCAGGCUCUUCAAUGCACUUGAGAAAAAAUUGCCAAAUUUGAGAUGUCUAUUUAGACACGUAGAAUCAGGGGUCACUGGCAAUCAAUUUACUUUCAGAAUCCCUCCUCCUGGGCAAGCUUCUAAUCCAAAUGCUCAAAGGAGCUUAAAUCAAUCUCCUUCUAAAGGCAAAGUUCAAGAUGCGAAGCCAGCAGCAAAGCCUGAAGAUCCUAAUACCCGAAUCCUUGAUAAACAUGUGGAUCCUCUUCAAGUAAUUUUAAGAGAGGGCGAGCAGCUUGGAGGUCUUUCACCAUUCGCAAGACUUAACUUCCAUUAUUGUACAAGUGAUAACGGAAAAGAGAAAGAUGCUUCAAGCAUCCUUGUAACUGCUGCGUCGCCUCAGGAAGAAGAAAAGAUCCGUAAAUCGCUUGCUGCCAAGCGCAGAAAUGACAUUGCCCUUCGUGUCUACCAAGACUUGCCACAAAUACCUUUGACCAUCUCAGUCGUUGAUGACAAGACAAACAAUAACAUUUUAGAUGACGUUGAUGGGAAGUUGCACGUCUUGAUGCUCUUAAAUGAUAUUAAAGAAAAUAAAGAAGUCUUGGCCCAGCUCAACCAAUUAGAAGAACUAAAAAUAGAUCUCCAUUUAUGUGUGUUUGGAAUGGACAUGCAAAAGGUAAAAGACAAAGCAAAUAAAAACAAGUGGUCUAAAUUCAGACUUUGCAGGUCUGGAGGCCAAAAACAAGAAAAAGAAACUGCAAGAGUGCUAAAUAAAUUAAGCUCAUGCUUCCAUAAUUGGAUAAAUUACUAGCUGUCGCCCAUCUUGGCAUCAAAGGUCGCCCUAUAGUUUUCCACCCUUAAUCACUGUCCAAGGUAUUAGAUCCCUAGGGUAGAGCCACCUUUAGUAAGAUCCCUAAUGGUCCCUGAUGAAAAGGAUCCAUGUGGUAGGUAAAAACUGUCUAGCCUAUCUUGCAGGGUUAGGUUAUUUAAAAUCAGGCGCUAGCCAUAUUGGCGACGCAGUUACCAAAGACCUCCCAUACUGAAGGUUCUACCGCUUUUCAACUCGAGCCCAGAGGGUCUAUCCCCCAAAGGUGGAUUUCAGUUCGGUAUCUUCUGUUUGCCUUGGGCUUCAGUCUUGAGUGGACAGGCCUAUCUGGCCAGAGCAGGAAAACCUUGGGGAGAAAUAAAACGCCUUUUUCGGUAGGCUUUCCAUUAAGAUGGUCUACUUAGCUCAUGAAGAGCUUACUUUCGCCACCCAUCGUGCUGGUCCACUACUCCAUCAGGAGGCGUUAGCUCGAAGUCUUAUUUCUAAAAUAUCAUCAUUUUACUUCUCAAGAGUGCUAGGGAUUGAUAGAUUCCCAUAUGCAGUGUUUUUCUAUAAUAAAAGAAUAGUUUCAAAAGGAAUGCUUAAUGUUGCUGACAUUCAAAAAGCUUUACAGCACUUGAAUAAAUUAAACAUGUUUGAGGCAGUGAACUUAAUGGCUCUUCCUAAUUUGCAAGGCUGUGAAGUUUGGGACUCUCAGCAGAAAAGAGACGUAAAUGUCAUGCUAGAAGGCGAAGUUGUCCUUGAGUUCUGGGACGAUACUUGCCAAGAUGUUCUUCACGAUAAAGAUCAGCUAAUUCAAGGAUCAAAACAUUUGCAGAGGAUGAGAUUCAUCCAAGUUUACGCAGGCUCAACCAAGCAGACAUUGAAAACUGGCUUCAGACUUAAGCAUCUGGGACUUGAGCACCCCACAGCUAAAAAGCUUCAGAUUUUUGAAUUGCCAUGCACAUUUGUAUUAGACAAUGGAAGGAUCAUUUGGAAAGGAAAUAGACAAUACCACGAUUUCGUCAAACUUGUAGACAACUUGAAAAAGAAUAAAGCCCCAGACGAGCCAGUUCCACUUUAUAAAGAUGCUUGGAAAAAACUAAAAGAAACUACGCACAAAGCUCUAACCGAUGUCUAUGCGAGCGACAAAGCAAGUGCUCCUCAAAUUCAUUUCCAUGCCCAAACUGACGUCUUCUGCCAAACCAGGUCAGCAGAAAGAUAUAAAGCAUAUAUAGCAGCGAAUAUUGCUAAUGACCGACAAAAAGAUCUCGCAAUUAGGCUUUUCAAUACACUUGAGAAAAAGUUGCCAAACUUGAGAUGUCUCUUUAGGCACGUUGAAACAGGAAUUAUGGGCAAUCACAUUACUUUUAGGCUUCCUCCACCUGGACAAGCCCCUCACUCCCCUCUCUGCGGAUAAGCAAAAAUAUUGAAAAAAUGCUCCUUUUUCGUCAUUCAAAAAAUAUAUUCCACUUAAUAUUUUUAUAUAUAAAUAAAUAAAUUUUCUACUAACAAAUUAAAUUAAUUUUGAUUUUGAUUAAAUCUAUUUAUUUAUAUAAGUGUUCAAAAAUAAACCCUCCCUUUGAGUAAUCCCGAAAGAAUUCACUUAGCUACCUGCAGGAGAGUCAGCAGAAACAAGUCCCACAAAAAGGUUCUAAUAUAUCCCCGACAAAAGAAAAGCCUAAAGAAGCCACUAAACCAGGAGCAAAACCUACAGAACCAAAUACCCGAAUUCUUGAUAAGCAUGUAGAGCCUCUUCAAGUAAUUUUAAGAGAAAGCGAACAACUUGGAGGUCUUUCACCAUUUGCAAGGCUUAACUUCCGCUACUGCACUAGCGAUAAAGGCAAAGAAAAAGACGCGACAAGCAUUCUUGUAACUGCUGCAUCUCAACAAGAAGAGGAAAAGAUUCGAAAAUCCCUAGCUGCCAAACGCAGAAAUGACAUAGCUCUUCGUGUAUACCAAGACUUGCCACAAAUACCUUUGACUUUAUCAAUGGUUGAUGAUAAGACAAACAAUAACAUUUUAGACGAUGUCGAUGGGAAGCUACAUGUCUUAAUGAUUCUCAAUCAAGUCAAAGAAAACAAGCAACUUUUAGCCCAGCUUAACCAAUUAGAAGAACUAAAAAUAGAACUGCACCUCUGUGUGUUUGGGAUGGAUAUGGAAAAGGUCAAGAAAAAAGCCAAUAAAAACAAAUGGGCAAAAUUCAGACUUUGCAGAUCUGGAGGACAGAAGCCAGAAAAAGCUAUAGCUACCCAGUUUGGAAUUGAGAAGUAUCCUUAUGGAAUUCUUUUCUACAAUAAAAGAAUUGUCUCUAAAGGAGUACUAAAUAUUGGAGAUAUAGAAAAAGCACUCCAGCACCUUAAUAAGUUGAAUAUGUUUGAAGCAGUAAAUUUAAUCGCCCUCCCUAACUUGCGAGGCUGUGAGGUGUGGGAUUCUCAGCAGAAAAAAGAUGUGAAUGUCAUGCUAGAAGGCGAAGUUGUCCUUGAGUUCUGGGACGACACCUGCCAAGAUGUCCUGCACGAUAAAGAUCAGCUAAUUCAGGGAUCAAAACAUUUGCAGAGAAUGAGAUUCGUCCAAGUUUACGCAGGCUCAGCCAAGCAGACCUUGAAAACUGGCUUCAGACUCAAACAUUUAGGUCUUGAUCACCCCACAGCUAAAAAGCUUCAGAUUUUUGAAUUGCCAUGUACAUUUGUAAUAGACAACGGAAGAAUCAUUUGGAAAGGAAACCGACAAUUUGUUGAUUUCGUUAAACUCAUUGAUAACUUGAAAAAGAAUAAAGCCCCAGACGAGCCAGUGCCGAUUUUAAGAGAUGCCUGGAAAAAACUAAAAGAAACUGCUCUUAAAGCACUUACUGAUGUCUAUUCAAGUGACAAAGCAAGUGCUCCUCAAAUUAAUUUCCAUGUGCAGACUGAUGUUUUCUGCCAAGCCAGGUCAGCAGAAAGGUAUAAAUCAUAUAUCGCUGCCAGCAUAAGCAAUGAUCGGCAAAAAGAUCUUGCCGUAAGACUUUUCAAUACACUUGAGAAAAAAUUGCCAAACUUGAGAUGCCUCUUUAGGCAUGUCGAAACAGGAGUGACUGGCAACCAAUUUACUUUUAGACUUCCUCCACCAGGACAGGGGUCUCAACAAAGCCUUAAUAAAAAUCAAAAAAUCUCUCCAGAGCGACAAAGACCUUCUCCUCAGCCAAUGGCACAUCAAAGUUCUUACCGUAAUGAAGCAAAAUAUGGCUUUGAUUUGGGAGGUCAACUGUUGGGCAUGUCCAAUGAGCUAAGUAAUGAGACUGAUCAUGGCCGAAGGGUGGACUUAUUAAACAGAUCUCUACAAAAUCAAGAAGAGCUAAAUAGGCAGCUCCAGUAUCAAGUGAAAGACUAUGAUAGGAUUAGCGAAGUUGUCAAAGAUCAGAGACAAGCCCUGAGUGAAAAAGAUGCACUAAUAGCGAAGCUAAGAGCGAAACUUGCAGAUUAUAAAGACACCCCAGUUGAAAAACUGCAUUCAAGAGUUAACGAACUCCUUGCUUCUCUGAAGCCAUUUGGAAAAUUUGAAAAAACUUUAAGAAAUAAAAAUCAUUUAUUUUUAUUAAAUAAGUAAUAAAAAAUAAUAUGAAAUUUUAUAUUUAUUUUAAGCGCUAGCUUUCAAACGCAAUUCUUAAAUUAAAUUUACUUUCAAAUAUCUUCAAGUUAGAAUUUUUUAAAAUUUUUGAAAAUUUAAAAAGCCUUCUUGUUUACUCUGUUAGGGUGAGUUAGUGACAAAAUAAGGCUGGAAGCUUUAGUUGCUGAGAGUGAUAAGAAACUAAAAGAGCAGACAGCUAAGGCAAAUAGGCUCAAAAUUGAUGUAGAAAGUAGCGAAGUGCUUUUAGAAAAGAGAGAGUCCCAAUUAAAUAUUUUAAUAGGAAAAGUAAAAGCCCAAGAGCAUGAAAUAAUGACCUUGAAGUCAGAAGUGAAAAAGAAACAAGCAGCACUAUCAACUUUGGAAUCCGAGCUAAAAGGCCUCAGACCUUAUCAAGAUGCAGACGAAGUCAUCUUAAAGCAAAGCGACAACCUUCAAGAUUUGCAUAAACAAAUCAUUGCUAAGAACCACGAGAUAUCAAUGCUCAAAGAAGUUAUUUCCAAAUGGAAGCACGACUCUAGAUCCCCAGAGCCAUACUCAACUAAAUCCCAGCACAAGCUUCCGUCAGUGAGAGGAGCAAGCAGUCUUGCCAAUAGUGUAGAAGGAGGUAGCACCCGCUCCUGGUCUAAGAAGCUUGAAAAGAAAGGCUACAACUCCAGCUCUCACCAUUCAGACUAUGCAAUUGAAGACUUCACAAGUCCAAAAAUGCACAGCAAAGGAAAGAAAUAUGCGAAGCCAAUUGUCCAUGAUGAAUACGAAGAGUAUGAGAGCGCAAGCUUCAGAGAGUCGAAGAAGGCCAAAUACAAAGACGUCCCAGAAGACUAUAAUCUUCAUCCAAGCAUUCGCAGUGAGUACGUAAAAGGCCAUGCAAAGUACGACGAGUACGAAAGAAGAGCAGCCUAUGAAGAAGAAAAAGAAAGACACGCUGAGUAUGAACGAAUGAAGAAAGAGCACCAGCGAUACCCUUCUGAUAACUCUGAGUAUGAGUACAGGAAAAAGCACGAAUACCAAGAAGAGCACGAGAGGCAUCCAAGCAAGCAUAAUACUUAUGAUUCAGAAAGGUAUGAACGUGAAAGAAAGCCUGAGAGACAUGAUAGUUAUGGAAGAGAAGAAAGCUAUGAACGUCGCUAUGAGAAAAGGAAUGAAUCUCUAGAAAGAGAUCAAAGGCAUGACACAAUCCAUAAGGGAGAUAAAUAUGACAUUGACAGAGAAGAAAGACAUGAGAGAGAAAAAGGAGAAAGGCAUGAAACUGUUCAAAAGAAGCAUGAUACUCAAGCCAAAGGUGACAAGAAGAUUCAAAGCAAUGCAGAGCUCAAGGGGGUAGAAAGCAGCAAGAAAGGGGAAGCAAAGCAACAAAUUAAGCCAGAAGAGAAGAAAGGGAAGAAGCAAGAAGAUGCAAAAGGAAAGCAUGAAGAAAAGAAAGGGUCUCAAGCUAAGCUAGAUCCAAAGAAAGACGCCAAAAAAUACAGUGACUCAGACUCAGAUUCUGAUAGAGGAAGAAAAGGUAGAGAUAAGCGCUCCAGCAGCCGAAGCUCAAGUGAAGACAAAAAAGUCAAGCACAGAAGCUCGAGUUCCUCGAGAUCUCGAUCAAAUUCCAAUAACAAAAAGAAUAAAGGAAAAAGCGUGCAACCACCUGCGCCAGCCCAGCCAGCCAAAGGUGCAACUGGUAAGGCAGCAGUUCCGGCAAAGAAACGGUAA